AUGGCGCAAGCGCCCUGGUCGCUGCCUUCUCAAGUGGCUGUGGCGGUGGACCUGGCGAUAUGCCUGGCGCCGGCGGGACACUGCCUCGAGGAGGAGAAGGACCAGGUGACUGCGUGCGUCGGCGGGAAGGAGGCGCGGCUGUUCUCGUGCCUCUUCUGCAACAAGAAGUUCCUCAAGUCGCAGGCGCUAGGCGGGCACCAGAACGCGCACAAGAAGGAGCGCGCCGCCGGCUGGAUCUGGAACCCCGACGUCUACGGCGACCACUACGCUGCAGCGGCGGCCAUGGGCGGCAGCCUCGGUGUCGCUUCCGUAUCCUUGCCGCUCGCCUCUCAUGGCGGCGGCACCGCCGCUGAGCCCCCUGCCAGCGUCAAGCCCAAGCUCGAGAGGGAGAGGCCUGACCGCCCCUUCACAAGGUCGCUCGACGGCACCGUGGACGUGCUCAACUGGAGAAGGAGCUCCCGAGCGUCUGCCCCACCGGAGUGCGCGGACACCAGCGCCGCAUCCUCCGGCGCUGGCGAGGAGCUGGACCUCGAGCUGCGGCUCUAG